AUGCAAGAGGAAGCAAAUAAUUUCGCGAGUUUCGCAAAGGAGGGUACCUCUGCUCAAAGUCUAUCCCAUAGGGCGAGUGACCCUCUGGUCAUGCCCAGCUUAGUGGACAGACUGGACUCGUCGCCGAACGCUCGCGACAUGGGGUUUGAGGGACUGGGACUGCCUCUGUCACCAGCCGAAAAGAGGAGAAAUAAACUAGGGUAUCAUCGCACCGCGGUAGCAUGUGGCCAUUGUCGAAGACGUAAGAUUCGUUGCCUGCCUGCCUUUGACGAUCCAGUUGGUAGAUGCCAGAAUUGCAUCCGGCUGAAAAAGGACUGUCAUUUCUAUCCCGUGGAACAGCCGAAUAUUGGCCCGGCAAGACGCCUAGGUUCAGACACCAAAUCCACCGAAGGGGCUUCCAAUGAAGCCGAUACUUCGGUGGCAUCGUCCUCUCCCGGUGGUAUUCUGAGGAGUGCCUCCUUUGAACGAUUUGAACAGGUCGAUGGCCGACUGGACAAAUCCCCUUUGUCGAGGGACAGUCCUGGGUACCCCGGGUUUCAUCCCGGCCCUAGGUCUAUGUCUGGACCCGGCUUUGACUAUCCAAAUCCGUACGACUACCGUCAGCAACCGCAACAACAACAUCCGCAGCAGCCGCAACAGGUACUCAACCGUCACUCACCUGGGGGUUAUGUGACUGAUUCAAGGAAUGCACAGUUCUACCCGGCAUAUGGACAUUCCUCGCACGGACCUUAUCCACCUGUCUUUAUCACCGGCGCUGUAUCUGGAUCUGGGAAUAUGACAGCAUUUUCGAGAGACAGCGGUUACGACUAUCGGGUGUCGUCCCCUAAUGGAGUAUAUAAUUGGGGACAGUCACCUGCAAGAUCAGUCUCAAUGGGCGAAACUGGAGAUUCACCGCACAGUUUCCGUCCCACAUAUCGGAUGCAGAAUUACCCCUCGAUUGAACGGAGAGUCACAGGCGAUAUACAACACCUCCCGCCGACAAGCACUGGCUUCAUGCCUAUGAGCGUGGAAACCCAGACUGGUACAGACCCGACCUUUCCUGAACCAACAGCUUAUCCGCCGAUACCAUGGCCUGGCCAUGAACAAAGGGCACAGUUGUCAGGGUCUUCUGGAGCCCCAACCCCGGUGUGGUAUCCUCAGCAAUCCGGGCUAAUGGAUGUGAGAGACGGUGAACGCCAACCGCAUAUUCUCCCUUCGCAAGAUCGUGAAUCCUGUUGA